GUCCAUUCGGGCAGAUAGUCGGAGAAAAGAGCGCACAGACAGCUCAGGAGGGUUUCUUCAGUUUAUAGAUGUAGUUUUGAGCACAAGAAUGGAUGCAAAAGAGUCCGACAAAAGGGUUUCUCCUCUGAAGAACUUUGUGGCUGGAGGGGUUGGUGGCGUCUGUCUCUUAUUUGCUGGACACCCGCUCGACACUAUCAAGGUCCGUCUACAAACACAGCCACGUGUUCUCUACAGAGGAACCUACGACUGCUUCCGGAAGACAGUGUCCAAAGAGGGAAUAUUUGGCCUGUAUAAAGGGAUGGGGGCUCCAUUGGCUGGUGUGACCCCAAUGAUGGCGAUGAAUUUCUUUGGCUUUGGGCUGGGCAAAGACCUUCUGCAGCGUGACCCCUCUGUUCCACUCACGUACGCACAGAUCUACCUAGCAGGGAUGCUGGCAGGAGUCUUCACCACUGUGAUCGUGGCUCCAGGAGAGCGAGUCAAGUGUUUAUUGCAGAUCCAGUCCUCGGCCGGUCAGCUGAAGUACACUGGACCUGUGAACUGUGCACUCACACUUUAUAGGGAGCAGGGAAUUUGCAGUGUUUAUAAGGGCACUGUGCUUACUCUUAUCAGAGAUGUGCCUUCAAAUGGUUUAUACUUUCUAACAUAUGAGACCUUAAAAAACGCUCUGACCCCUGAAGGAGAGAGUGUUCAUGAUCUCAGCACAUCUAGAGUUCUGCUGGCAGGAGGGAUAGCUGGCAUGUUCAACUGGCUGAUAGCUCUGCCUGCAGAUGUGCUUAAGUCCAACUACCAAACAGCCGCUGAAGGGCGUUACAAAGGUUUAGGAGAUGUGUUACCAACUCUGUUACAGGAGGAAGGUGCUCGUGGUCUGUAUAAAGGCUUAAGCGCAGUCAUGUUGCGAGCAUUUCCAGCCAAUGCAGCUUGUUUUCUAGGCUUCGAGGUUGCGCUAAAGUGCUUGAACUACGUUGCUCCAAACUGGUGAUUUCACUAUGACAACUGACGAGGGCUUUUAUUUUAGAGUAUUUUCUCAUUUUUGUAUGUAGGCAUUGUCCUCACUCCAUCAUUUUUGGUAUAGUUUUAAAAGUGUCAUUAACUUUCUUUUGUUUCAUUCAUCUCAAGUAAGGGUCAGACCAACAGAAAUAUUUAAAAAGAAUGAUGACAGAAUUAUGUGCCUUGUCAAAAGAUGACAUGAUGUCAAGAGUUGCAGUCAAGUCUGUUACUUUUGUAUGAAAUUCUCUUAACUAGUAUUACAUGAAUACUCAUGUAUUUUGUAGUAUUAUGUGAAUUAUUUGCACUUUAAUAAUAAUAAUAUUUAAAUUAAGCCUGACAGUCAGCCUUAUUUUGCAGCCUUCAAAAUGUUUAUAGAGCUUUCUGGAUGUAUGUAAAAUGAUCUUUGCACUAAAACCAUGUUUUUGAGUGCAUUAACGGAGUUUUAUUAUGAGUAGGUCCAAAUCCAUUUGACUUUUUUUUUGACUACUACAGAACACAAAAGCAGAUAAUUUAUUCAUCAUUAAAUCCAGUCCUGUUGGCUGAAUUCAGUACAAUGACAGUACAUAGGAACUAAUGUUAACGCUUAAUAAAGCACCCAAAAGUGUCAUAAAAGUA